GUGUCUCUGCAGUUCCCAUGUGUUGGACUGAGUGUAGUUCAGAUCUGUUUGUUCAGCUUUUAUCGGAAACAUUUUUUUCUUCUUGUUUGUCUCCUUUGAAAUAUCUUGUUAAGGGUUGGUUCUGUGUCCUUAACAAGUACGUUUGACAGAAAACAAAAUGGAGGCACUUUCUGAUCAGUUCCAGGAGUUUCACCCAAAGCAUGGCACUAAUAUCUUUCUAGACCAUUCGGGAACUCAGGCCACUCGAGUAGAAAGUUUUGCCAAUGGUGUUUGUUUCAGCAAAUACCCCCUGAAGCCUGGAGAGAUCUUUCUUAUUGAGAUUGAGGAGAAGGAGCUUGGCUGGUGUGGACAUCUACGGGUUGGUCUCACUGCAAAGGACCCAUCGAGCUUAGAGGUGGUCCCUGAAUACUCUAUUCCAGACCUGAUGGAGCUAGGGGACAGCUGGAUUUUUGCCAUCACCCGGAACCAUAAUAAGGUAAUAGAGGAAUCCGAGGAUCAAGCAGUUGGAGAAGCAGGCCUUGGUGCUGGACGGAGACUUGGGCGUGGAGAGGAAGAAGAUGGAGUUCAGGGAGAUGAAGGAGGAGGGAGCAACAACAAAACAAAGACUUUCUUCACUGACACACACUUGUACAUUGACACCAUUCGAAUCCCCAAAGACAAACUUGUUGGCCGUAGCCGCCCCGGACGUUUUAGCCACAUCUUAGACGAUCUUUAUAAGACAAACGCCCUGCCUCCCACUGCCAGACGUAGCAGGAUCGGAGUUCUGUACGUGCCUAAAGGCAAAGACACGGCCGAUAUGCAUAUCGUGAUCAACGGAGAAGACAUGGGAGCUUCUGCAAAGGGAAUACCUUCUACCACACCUCUGUACGCAGUGGUGGACGUCUUCGCUGCUACCAAGUGUGUCCGGAUAGUCCAAGUGGAAUAUGGCUUCUCCUCCUUGCAGACGCUAUGCAGGAAGGCCAUUCAAAAGCAUAUUGUCCACCGGAUGGCUAUCGACUGGCUCCAGCUGCCUGAGGCUCUCAAGCAUUAUUGCAAGUAUGAAUGAAGUAUGUGGAUGUAGAGGAAAACAAGAACCCUCUGAGAUCCUUCCAAUGUUUAACAGCCAUAUCAAACCUUUAUUAUACAAUUUCUCUAUCUGGAAUAAAGCAAGAUUUGAUCUGAGUGGGUGCAGCAGCUUUGUCUGUAUUUUAUUUCAUUCGGAUGAGUGAACAAUAUACUGGGAGAACGUGGCUUGGUCGGUGAGCAGAACUGAGGUCUGGAUGUUGUUGAAGGAGGAAUAAUGGCCUCAUGGAAAUUUGCCUGUAAAGACACUUCUCCAGCUGAGGGUUCAGAGCUCUCAGUAUAUUGUGAUGCUGUCAUAAAGUGAAAGGUGAUGAAAAGAGCAGCUCCUUGGAAUUCUACAGCACCUCUUCAAGGUUUCGCCUGACCUGGAGAACAUUUCCACUGAUUUGGAAGACUGCCCUGUCCACGUACCAAAGAGAACUUCACCAUGUGUCCUCAGUGACUCUUGACCUGUUGCACUGAUAUCCCACAUCCUGAAGAUGAAGCAUAUACUAGGACCCCUCUUAGUCUCGGCACUGUGGGAAUCCUGUUAUCUGAUUUUUCAAGUGCAUUUAACACGAUUCAGUCUGAUUUCCUUUGCCAGAAACUCCAUAAAAGUCAGGUGGAGGGAUCAAUAAUCACCUGAAUUAGGGACUGCCCGACAGACAGCUGUUUGUGUGACUGAAGGGUAAACUGUCUAAUCCCUUUUUACUCUGUACAGGAAAAAUCU